AUGGCACCUAUUUCCAAGCCCGCUCACAAGGGCGCAGCCUCCGGAGGCGCAAAGGGCUCUAAGCCUACCCUAGGAUCUGCCUCGCGUGUCAGCAAGAAAAAUGCCCCCAAGCGUCCCCCGCCACAGGAAAUGAAGUCCAAGCCUCGGACUAUGCAAGAAAACUUGAAGAAAAAGAAGAAGAGGGUAUACACAGAGAAGGAGCUGGAUUUGCCUGAGUUGAACGCUAUCACGCCCGUUGGGGUUGUCAAGCCCAAGGGCAAGAAGAAGGGCAAGACCUUUGUCGAUGAUCAGGAGGGCAUGAUGACCAUCCUCGCAAUGGUAAAUGCCGAAAAGGAAGGCCAAAUCGAGUCCAAGAUGAUGAAGGCCCGCCAAUUAGAAGAAAUUCGAGAAGCCAAGAAGAAGGAGACCGAGGCCCGGAUUGCAGAGAAGAAGAACAAGCUUGAGAACGUCAAGGAUUCAAUCCGGAACAAGAAGAAGGGCAAGAACGCCGACAAGGCGGAGUCUACGACUGUCUCAAAAUCGACCAAGGGAAAGAAGAAGAGCGUUGCAUUUGCUUGA